AUGGACAUACUGCUCAUAGGUCUCAUGUCCCUACCAAACCAGACAGUAUUCAUCCAGUUUCACCCCGUCGUAUACCUUGUCAAGCUCAACAUCGAAAUGUCCAUGGCUUCCAUGAUCACACACCUAGCCAAGAAAAAGAUGACGGACGAACUAUACCCAUCCCUGUCGUAUUCCACCACCCCGAAAAUACACAGCUCUAAGAACGGCACACACGAUAAGACUCCAGGAUAUGGUGUAUCUAUAGAAAUGACACAUAAGUCAAAGGCAGGAUCCACUGCGAAGGCAUCGUUUGACGAUGAUUCGGAUGUGCCAGAGACAGCGAAUGGCAUCCACCGACGUAUCGAUGUCAAGAUUGAGACGGAGCCGGCUCAACACGAGCGAAAGGGCAGCAAGUUCGGACCAAUGGAGGUUGAGCUACCAUCGCCUCGUAGUGAAGGGCGACCCAAGAGGAGUCGAUAUGAACAAAUUGAGCGGGGCCAAGGAGGAGCAUAA